AUUACAAUCAACCGAGAUUCUCAUGUAGGAAAAAAAAUUCAACCCAGAUUCAAAUCGUGUUUCCACUCUUCUCUUUGCUCAUCCCAUUUCGCCACCUUAUAGAAACCAACAUUUGAAAGUCCAAACAAAUGCAGCUUCAGCAGCAGCAGCCAUAACCAUCCACCGAUUCUCUCUUUCUCUAUCAUCCGCCAUUAAAAUCUCUUCCGAAAACCUUCAAAAACUUCUAUACUUGCUGAAACUCCAUCUACUCAACUUCCUAUUUUUUGUUGCUGAAAUCAGUGAUCUGAAAAUCCGUCGCAAAAUUCAACGCAAUCUCACUUUUUCGAUCGUCAAAUUUCUGCGAAUAUUUGAUCAAAUAUAACUCACUCCAAAGCAAAAUCGAUACUCGGAUCUCUCUCUUCCAUCUUCAACUGCACGAUGCAUUGAAAAUUUUCAGCGAUAAAUUUGUUUUAGAUGAAGAUGAGAAUUCUGGAAUUGGAAAGUACGAAAGCGAAGGUUAGAGUUGGUGCAUUGAUAGCAAUUACGGCGUUAAUUAGUUUAGUUGGAUUGUAUGGCUUACUGAAGCCAAUUAAAAGUGGUUGUGUUAUGACUUACAUGUAUCCUACCUACAUUCCGAUUUCGGCGCCGAAGAAUUUAACUACGAACAAGUAUGGAUUGUAUUUGUAUCAUGAAGGAUGGAAGAAAAUUGAUUUUGAUCAGCAUCUCAAGCAACUUAAUGGCGUUCCAGUUUUGUUUAUUCCUGGUAAUGGUGGCAGCUACAAGCAGGUGCGUUCAAUCGCAAAGGAGUCUCAUUGGGCAUAUACCUCAGGGCCACCUGAACGUACUUAUUAUCAGGAAGCUUUCUUGAGUCCAGAGGAAGGAGGGCUGGACAGUGAUGCAGCUAACUUUACUCUACCUAAUCAGUAUGCUUCUAUGCUAGACUGGUUUGCUGUGGAUUUGGAAGGAGAACAUUCUGCCAUGGAUGGACAGAUUCUUGAAGAGCACACAGAAUACGUGGUAUAUGCCAUCCAUCGGAUAUUGGAUCAAUAUAAAGAAACCUUUGAUGCUAGAACGAAGGAAGGUGCUGCAGUAUCUACAAAUUUGCCAAGAAGUGUCAUAUUAGUUGGUCACUCCAUGGGCGGUUUUGUUGCUAGAGCUGCAGUCGUUCAUCCACAAUUACGGAAAUCAGCUGUUGAAACGGUGGUUACACUUUCAAGUCCACAUCAAUCACCUCCUGUCACGCUGCAGCCUUCUUUGGGAUACUACUACACCUCUGUAAAUCAGAAAUGGCAAGAAGGAUACCAUAUUCAAGUUCCGCAUGCUCAGAGUUAUGCAUCACAUCCUACACUCUCUCAUGUUGUUAUGAUCUCGAUUUCUGGCGGAAUCAAUGAUUAUCAGGUGCGGUCAAAGUUAGAAAGUCUUGAUGGCAUCGUUCCUCCCACUCAUGGCUUCAUGAUCAGUAGUACAGAAAUGAAAAAUGUAUGGCUGUCAAUGGAACACCAGGCAAUCUUAUGGUGCAAUCAACUUGUUGUCCAAGUGUCACACACACUUCUUAGUUUGGUGGAUCCAGAAACAGGGGGUCCGUUCACUGAUAGACUAAAAAGACUGGCAGUAUUUACAAAGAUGCUUCAUGGUGGCCUUCGACAUGGUUCAAAUUUUAUAGGUCAAUCAGAUACCCGGCAAAGACGCUUGGCCAUUGGUGGUGAUGGAAGCUAUUCUCUUGGUGCCUGUCCUAAAAACAUACAAUGGGAUAUGGAUAGUCUUGAGAGGGAUCUUUAUAUCCAGACGUCUACAGUCACUGUCUUAGCAAUGGACGGAAGGAGAAGGUGGUUGGACAUUCAGAAGCUGGGUUCAAACGGCAAAAGCCAUUUUGUACUGGUUACAAAUCUUUCUCCUUGCUAUGGGGUUAGAGUUCAUCUCUGGCCUGAAAAGGGAAACUCGUUAUCUGACGUGCCCCUUGGCAAAAGAGUAGUGGAGGUGACAUCAACAAUGGCACAGAUUCCUUCAGGACCAGCACCAAGGCAGAUUGAACCAGGGGGUCAAACAGAACAGCCUCCUCCAUCCGCUGUCUUUUGGUUAAACCCUGAAGAUAUGCAGGGAUUCAGAUUCAUAACUAUUUCAAUUGCUCCUCGGCCGACAGUUUCUGGGAGACCUCCACCUGCAGCUUCAAUGGCCAUCGGACAAUUUUUCAACCUGGAGGAGGGGGUUGAAGAAUUUUCUCCAUUGUCCUUAACUCUGUCUGCCUUUUUACGGAGAGAAAUGCUGUUCAAGGAGGAUCAUCCUAUUGCUCUUAAUCUCUCUUUUACCAUCAGUUUAGGCCUAUUACCAGUUACAAUGUCUCUUAAAACAACUGGUUGUGGGAUAAAAAAUUCUGGGCUUUCAGGUGAAGAGGUUGAUGAUGCUGAAAACAAUCGGCUUUGCAAGAUGCGAUGUUUUCCAGCUGUGGCACUUGCUUGGGAUAGGAUAUCCGGUCUUCAUAUAUACCCAAAUUUGAAUUCUGAGACAAUCAUUGUAGACUCUGCACCAGCACUCUGGCAUUCAGCCCAGGGAUCAGAUAAAACCAACAUUUUGUUAUUGGUUGAUCCUCAUUGCGCAUACAAAGCUAGCUUCUCUGUUUCCAUCACUGCUGCUGCGAGCAGAUUUCUGCUUUUAUACUAUUCUAAGAUAGUUGGUCUCUCCGUUGCCGUAGUCUUCUUUGCUCUCAUGAAGCAAGCACAUGCAUGGGAGUUUGACUUGCCUAUACCCUCAAUGCUGUCAGCAGUUGAGUGCAAUAUGAAGCUAUCUUCUCCAUUCCUCCUAAUGACUGCAGUUCCUCUGUUGAUCCCUCUGGUGCUCUCGGUCCUUCAUAUACAUCCAAUUCCAUCAGUCUUGGGUUUUCUUGUUGUAUCAAUUGUCUGUUACGUGAUUGCAAAUGGCAUCGUGAUUCUUCUUAUUGUAAUUUCACAAUCGGUUUUCUACAUCAGUGCCAUGGCACAUAUUUUCUUCAGAAAAAGGUGGCAAGUAUGGGAAGGGAAUUUCGGUUUGGUCUCACUCCACCGCUUCAUAAGCUUUGUCUCCAGGAUCUUUGCUUUUAAGGUAGUGAGAGUUAUCAGAUCUAAUCCAGUAUCCAUGACGGCUUUGGUAGCAAUCAUUCUGGUGUGCUUUGUUCAUCCAGCAUUGGGCUUAUCAGUAUUGCUGAUAUCACAUGCAUUAUGUUGCCAUAGUGCAUUGUGCAGCUAUCUGACAGCUUCCUAUCGCAGAGGAAUAUACGGGAAGGGAUCAUCUAAUUCUAAAGAUAAAGAUUAUGAUGGGUUGAAGCAGUAUACUCACCAGCAGAGUGGUCGGUUGAAGCAUAAUUUCCCCUUAGAGGAGAACCAAAACAGUACCGGUGGAUCUCCUAAUAGCUAUGGUGACGUACAGUUAGAGGUCUUCCACCACAGACAUGGGAUGCUAAUUUUGCAUUUGCUUGCAGUGCUGAUGUUUGCUCCAUCUCUAAUAGCUUGGUUGCAGAGUGUAGGAAAUGGCCAGAGCUUUCCGAGGUUUCUAGACUCGAUUUUUUGCAUUGGUGUCGUCCUUCAUGGUUCCUGUGACUCAAACCCAGAUUUUAAUUUCUUCGUCAGCCCACUGCCUGGUGUAAAUGGGCUCAAAGUAAGAUUGAGUUUCGCCUACCUGCUUGCUGGGUACUUCUCAUUCUUGUCAGGUCUGGCAUUGACUCCUUACAGAGUGUUCUAUGCAAUGGCUACAAUCGGAGUACUUUCAUUUGCAUUUAGAAUUAUCCGGAGGAAGAACAGAGAGAAGGGAGAGGCAAUAUCUAGUAGCAGGAAGCAUUCUCAUCGGCACUAGUGCUCCUUUUACAGUAAGUUUUUUUUUGUUUUCUUUGGGUAGGUAGUUUCUGUAUGUUGUAACAUCAUUUGUUAAUUGCUUUAAAGAGGUAUUGUAUACCUAGCUUCUAUUGCCAUUACCCAUUAGUGAUCAGUGUUGCAAUUUCAUGACCAAGGCACGCACCAUGAUUUUGUACUCAGGGAAAAUCGGGAUUCACCCUACCAUGAGAAUAUAGUGAAUAGAAAGUCGAAAUGUGAUUCUUUUUAGACAUGAGACAUCCCAAAUUUGAAGUUUACUGAGAUGAAGAGUGUGUCUUAUAAUUAAUUAUUCUUGACAACUUUUCCAAUA